GCGGGCGGGGUGCCGGCGCGGUUUGGCUGCAGCGACACCGGCUUACAUAGGGCGGAGUCCGGCGUGUCCUUGGGCGCAGAAGCCGGACGGUGUGGGGCGGCCGUACUUGUCACCGCCGUUGGCGCAGCGUAAGCGGAGCGGCCGGCUAGGCAGUACCAACAAUGGGAGAUAUUGAGAAGGGCAAGAAGAUUUUUGUCCAGAAAUGUUCCCAGUGCCAUACAGUUGAAAAAGGAGGCAAACACAAGACUGGACCCAAUCUCCAUGGCCUGUUUGGACGCAAAACAGGGCAAGCUGAGGGCUUCUCUUACACAGAUGCUAAUAAGAACAAAGGUAUCACUUGGGGUGAGGAUACUCUGAUGGAGUAUUUGGAAAAUCCAAAGAAGUACAUCCCAGGAACAAAGAUGAUUUUCGCGGGUAUCAAGAAGAAGUCUGAGAGAGUAGACUUAAUAGCAUAUCUCAAAGAUGCCACUUCAAAAUAAAAGUUAUCUGCUGCCUUAUUUAUUUCACAAAGGAGAUGGCAAUGGAAAUGUCUGUGACAAGAUUGGUUUUUAAACUUUCUAUUUUUACGUAUACCAUGUCUAACCUUAAAAUCAGUUUUACCCAUCAGAUAAUGUCACUCAUGGUGGGUUACUGAUGAACACACUUGGCAGCCGUUAACUUAUGGAAGCUAUGUAACUGGGUUGAUUUAAAUGAGUAUAAUGUUCAGUUGUUCUUAAUCAUGAAAUUAAAAACAAACAAAAAAAUUUUUGCCUCUUCAUUGUUUAAAACAAAAGAAAUUAUCAAACAAGUAACUGUCAAAAGUGUAAUAACUUUGAUAACCCAACUCUUCAAGGUAAAGAAGCAGAGUGGGCCUUGGCAUCUUCUGCCAUAAGUCUUCUGUUACAUUACACUAAAGAUUUAAAAGUAAACAAAGACUUAAAAAUAUUUUUCUAAACUUGAUCAGUUCUAGGUGUUGUGGUGCAUAUUAAUCUAUCUAAAGCUUGAGAUAAGAGUAUCUAUCUCUCAAGUGCUACUUGUAAAAUGACGCUUGUGGCCAGAUCCUUUGAUCUGGGAGAAACAUGUUACUUGAUUUAUCUGGACUUUCACAGGUGCAUGCAGCAGUAGACUAUAAUUCUCCAGUAUCAUCUUUACAUCUUUCUGAAUGUUAUUGAAACUGUGUUCAGUAGAUCUCCAGAGAACAAACAUUUGUAGUAUAAUGAAUGAAAGAAGGAACAUUUCUUCUGGAAAGGUAACUACAAAAGGCCAAGCUGAGAGUUGAUAAAUCUUAUUUCAGCAGUAGCAUUAACCUAAAAUCUACUGUUACACGCAACUGCUGAUGGAGAUGCAUAGCAGUGAAUGCACUGGUAGACUAAUAGGAAACAGUCUUCUUCUGUGCCUGGCUAUAGCCUGUGUCAUUAAUAGUGUUAAGUAGUAUUUUAGUGUUUAAAUUGUUUGUUUUGUGUUUUUUUUUUUCAGACUAAGCAAAUUGUUCAGAUGAAUGUAUUUACUGUGUAUCAACAGUAAGGCACAACUAAGAGCGCUCAAUCUUGUAAAUUAAAAGAAUUCAAAGUCU